AUGCAUUUUAGUAUACCGCGGGCUCUAUGGUCUGAGAAGUCCGUGAGAAAUGUCAGUUACGGUAGGAGAGUCUUAAACACCACGACCGUUAACAUUGCAUUGGGUUUGCCAGGCAUGGUGUCCACCUUAACUGCAUACCAGCUACUGAACGUUAGACUCAUAGCCAUAUGUGCAUCCGGCGCGUCAAUUACGGUCGGAUUGAUAUCCAUAUUCAUCAUUACCUCUUACGACAGGAGAAAAAGGCUGUUUAGACACGAACUGAUCAUGUUCUUAAUCGUCUGUGAUUUCCUAAAGGCACUCAUUUUACUGAUCUACCCAGUCAUCAUUCUAGCAAAUGGUCGAGUCUACGCGACACCGAGCAUGAUCAACACAUUAGGGUGGUUCACACAAUUCGCCACGGAGGGGUCGGAUUUUGCCAUCAUGUUCUUUGCUAUACAUUUUGCAUUACUAAUAUUCAAACCCAGUUGGAAGUGGAGAAACAAGAAGACAGGCAACAUCGAAGGUGGACUUUACAAGUAUAAAAAGAUUAUUUGGCCAACCACUUUCCUUGUUCCGAGUAUAAUGGCGAGUCUGGUAUUCAUCGAUUACAACGUGAUAGACUACCCAGACCCAAAUUCCAUCAACAUUGUGCUGGAUAACAACAACUACAAUUUCGAGUACAAACCAAGACGUGGUGGAUAUAAACCUUGGAGUGCAUGGUGCUAUCUGCCGGCUCGACCACUGUGGUAUAAAUACGUCUUGAGUUGGGGACCAAGGUACAUCCUGAUACUCACUAUUAUUGCGAUCUAUUGUUCCAUCUACAUUUACGUUCUGAAGGAAACGCGGAAAAUUAAAUCGCAAAUGAAGGAUUUUGGUUCUAAAUCAAAAAAGGCCGAUGAGGAUGCAGACAAAGACCUCCCACCAAUGAAAAGAUUCACCAAGCGGUGCAUGAGAUCACUUCACCAUAUAUUUGGCGCAAUCACUAAUUUUUUCUGGUUGAGCUUAGAGAUGGAUGGAGACGAUUCCCUAGGUUCCAGUAAGUCAUUAUCUACAAAAAGCUUGGCAUCUUGUCCUGUUAGUCCGGACCUACCCAACAUCCCUGAUGUUGCACAUGACGAUACAGCUACACCGGCCCAAGAAGGUAGCGGGAUCGAAAUGACUCAUUUUACUCCACAUGAGGACUUAUCAAAAAAGAUAAUGAAUGUUCACAGUACAACUAGGGAACCUUGGAGGUCACAAAACACAGAUUAUAAUAGUCCAUUGGGGGCAGAUGAACGCUUGGGUCCAUCACAAUGCUCGCCGUCCUCAUCAUCGGAAUCCACAAGAGCCCCGACACUGGCGUCUGAUUUCUACCCAGCUUCUCUAUCGUCUAACUCAACUGCGCAAAGCAACGAGAUGCCUUUGGUGGCAAACUUGAACUCUUUCCCGACACGUACCCGUACUCAGAGUAACGUAGAGGAUUCAACAAAUUUUUCUUCAGUGAACGAACAGUUCCAGAGGGAGAAUUAUAGAAGAAUGAAAAAGAAGAGGCUGCAGAUCCAGAAGAACUUGAGGGCAAUUUUCAUUUACCCUUUCUCAUACAUUCUACUUUGGCUUUUCCCCAUUAUUGCAGACAUUUCGCAGACCAGACAUGAGUUGCUUCACGGGCCGAUUAUGUGGUUGACUUAUAUCGACACAUUUAUCAGACCAAUGAGUUGCUUUGUCCAUUCCUUCGUGUUUAUAUUCAAAGAAAAACCUUGGAAGUACUCUUGGAAUCGGGUCCAAGCAGAGGCGUUGAAGAACAAAUAUAUGCUAAGGGGCGAAAUCGGCGAAGAUGAGAUUAUGCAGCUUUGUCAUAGCAAGUGGGGGAGGAGGGGAUGGUAUUACCGCUCAACAUGGAACAAGCACAGAUGCUGGAAACAUAAAGAUAAUGGAUUCAAGCGAACCUGCUGGUACAUUGGCAGAUUCUUCAAGUGCAUAUUCCGGCUUAAGAAAGUAAACUUUAAUGACAAUUGCAAUGAUUGCCUCUACUGGAAUAGAUACUACUAUUUGGAUACAAUUCCUCGGUCAUCAGGUUACACCACCGUGUCGAGCACUGAUGUAUCGCCGCAACAUAAUGGACUGAAGUUUUCUCAACCGUCAAGUUUGAACGAGUUGCCGUCAAAAAAACAAACGUGUGAGGAGUCACUAAUCGUCAAAGUGCCUUGGUUCUGGAGAUUUAUUCAUAACAUUCCAAUGCUGUACGGUAUAGACCUGGAUGAGUUGAACAGGUCUAUAAAGCUGAGCUAUACCAACGACGACGAUGAUUUUGUCAUCCCAGGGCUAUCGCUUGCUUUGAACAAUGAUAUCAACACGGACAACUUGACAUCCCAUGAUAAUAAUAUUCAUAACAGGAUAACGAGCAGUCUAUUGCAGGGUCCCGGUUUAAAGAAACCGAAACUCACAAACCAAAAUAGUUUCUCCACACUCCACCAAAACGGGAACAACACUACAACCUCCCAUACUAAUUUUGCAUAUCCGAACAGUAAUAUAAUUACCCCUAAUCAGCAUCAAUACGACCACAAAACACAGCAUCUAGAUGAAAACAGACAACGGCAACAACCCACUACUAAUGCAACGGGCACUUCUGCCAUCGGCAAAAGUAUUACCAUUACGACUAAUAAUAAUAAUAAUAAUAAUAAUGAUAAUGAACACGCGGGCCAAGUAGACUUACUGACUUUCCUAAAUGAUAUGCCGGAAUCAUAG